GCAGGGGAAGAGGAUGAUGAGGCGGGGGGUGAGAUGGAUCAGCUCAGCCCCAACAAGAGAGUACUUCUACUUCGUGGACCUCCAUGGCAGGUUGUACUUAGACGAGUGUCAUGAGGAAAGCGGCACAAGGACUAGGAGGAAGGUGUUCAACUUCGCGACGAGCCUUAAGGAGCCCAAGUUCCUCGAUUUCUUCUUCCGGCAGCUGCGAGUGAAUGAUCUCGGCAAGUAUCUUCCCACCUAUCAGUACCUCUCGCCGUGCGGGAGGGAGAUGAACUUCGUGCGAGCAGCGGAUACAGGUGUCGUCUUCAACCGCAUGGAGGGCGAGUCUCUGGUUUACGCGCACAACCUCAGGAUGAGCUUUCAACCGUCGAAGCUCAAGAUCUCGUCGGAGGGACGCGUCUACCAUCCCUCCCCUGUCGGAGCUGACGCGCUCAUCGCCUCCAACGUCGUCCAGCAAGUCCUCCAGCACAACAUCAGGAUAACGGACUCGGGGUACGUUCUUGUGCAUGGAGACAAGGAGUUCGGGAUCGAGGAACGGGAGGAUGUACACUAGAGACUUGAGAUGGCACGUUGUUAGAGUUGUUGAGGUCAAGCGAUACCGGCCUUCUCUUUC